GGUGUCGGUUUCUCUUCUUUGGGACCCGCUGCAGGUCGUUAUCCAUCCAGCCAUGUCGGAGAUCGAGCAAGAGCCGGAGCUGGUCUUUCGGAGACGAAGCACCCAGGACGCAUUGAGGAGAAGACACUGGGCCCAAAGACUAAGCAAAAGUUGCUGCACUACCUUCUGAACAUAUUAGUGACCUGCUAGAUCCUUUUGGCUGAGCUGGUUGAAGGAGCGAAUACUGAACCACGUGGCCUAUGGUUGGUGUCUUGACUAUGGAAGAAGAGCUGAUCUUUAACUGUUACACAAUUGAGGAAAUGGAACUGAUCUACAGGGUUACCAGUUGAGGCUGGAACUGCGAAUAUAGAUUAAAUUUGAAUAUUGGAUGAAUUGAGAACAUUAAUAGAUGUUUGGAAGCUCAUUCUCCCUCCCAAAGUCUAAGGUCAGAAGCACCUCCCUGUUCUUUGAGCCUAUGGGACAGGCACUGGGGGCUACAUCUGCAGACUGACAUGAUGGAUACCCCUUCACCAUUUACGCCACAGUUGUUCCCAGUGACCUGUUCAACACCAACACACAAUCAUUCGUGUGAAGGAACAUGUCCCCACUGCUUAAUGACAACCACAAAAACUACACUACUGGCAGAAAAUGAAGUUGAGGCACAGAAACUGGCCAACAAUUACAAGUUUGGAUUCAAGAAAUGGAAGAGCCAUGUGACACAGAGACCCUUAGAAGACCGUUCUGCGAUAGUGAAGGAGCUGUAUUCUGAUCUAAAUGUGAUCAAACAAUAUUCCAGAUCCUUGUUUACUUUUGGCAACCUGUUGUAUGUGCUGUUGUUUGGUUGGUGGGUUGCCCUGCUGUACCUUAUAAUUGCUGUAUUUAUGUUCGUUACAGUUGUGGGCAUACCUUAUGGGAAGCUGUGCUGCAGUCUUGCUGGUUAUUACUUCUGGCCAUUUGGGAAGGUGAUUCAAAAGCCAUACUUGUGUCCCAGGAAAAGCAGUGUUCGGUUUUAUGGUGAGGAAGUCCCUGAAGCGACUGCAGUGGAGACAACCAGCCUUCUUGGUGUUACAGAAAGGAUUGGUGAUGCCUCAUUACACACUACCACUACCUCUACCUCUACCUCUACUGAAGUCAAGUACUGGCAUCGUCCUAGCACGUAUGUGUGGUUUCUCCUGGGGUAUCCACCUCUUGUGCUUGCCCAUGGUCUGGCUUCCUUCAUUGCCUGGAUCUUGGUUAUCACCAUUCCAGUAGCCAAGCUAAAUGGCAGAGCUAUUGCUGUUAUUCUACUCAUCCCUCCUGAGCAGCUGCAGAUCAGACAGCAGAAGAGGACUGAAGUUCCACUGGAGGGAGAAGUGGUCCUCUGUUGUUACCAUGCUAUGAAUUUCUACUAUUACAAAUAUACUGUGGUUGGCAUUAAUGUAUUUGCUGUGAAUCUGCUACCUCUAGUAAUAGUUGCUCUGGUGUUGGGCUACGGAGAUACAGAGAAUCGCUAUGCCAGUUCAUUCGUGAAAUUUGCACUAUCUGUCAUAGCCAUAGUUCCUUUGUCCCAUUACAUUGGAAUGGCAAUUGCCAGUAUUUCAGCUCAGAGUAACUUUGCUGUAGGUGCAGUGGUGAAUGCUUCAUUUGGUUCAAUCACUGAGUUGACCUUCUACAUAACUGCCCUGAUUAAAGGCAGCCAUAAGGGAAACAAAUGCUAUGAAGAAGUCGUGAAAAGUGCUCUGACUGGUACCUUGCUGGGAUGUGUCCUCUUUAUCCCGGGUAUAUCCAUGGUGAUUGGAGGAUGCAAGCAUCAGGAGCAGAGGUUCAAUAGUCGGUCAGCUGGUAUUAGUUCAGCAUUGCUGUUCAUAUCAGUGGGAGGUGUGUUUGCACCAACGCUCUUUUCCAAAGCCUAUGGAAGCCUAAUAUGUCAAGGUUGUACUAACUUAACACAGAAUGGAUCUGGUCCCUUCGAGUGCAGUGACUGUCACUUCAGUGGGCUGCAGAAUGCCUUGUUUCACAGUCAUGUCCAGCCCCUUAUCUACACAGUGUCAAUACUUCUGCCUGCAUCAUAUGUGAUCGGUCUUGUCUUUGCACUGAAGACACACAACCACAUCUAUGAUAUUCACAUUAGUGACCGUCAUGUUUCAGGACACAGCCACAAUGUUGUCAUUCACUGGUCACGAUGGAGAGCUGUGGUACUGCUCAUUGUAGCCACUGUUUUCAUGUCUGCCUGUGCAGAAUUGGUGUCUGAGCACAUUAACCCCUUGCUGUCUAACUCUGCAAUCUCCUCAUACUUCCUUGGUGUAACUGUCUUAGCAAUGGUCCCUGAACUUCCUGAGAUUGUAAAUGGAAUCCAGUUUGCACUGCAGAACAAUAUCAGCCUCAGCCUGGAAGUUGGAAGUUCUAUCGCUGUGCAAGUGUGUAUGCUACAAAUCCCAGUCUUGGUACUUUUCUCAGUCAUUUAUCCUGUAGGAUUUAGUUUGCUCUUCAGUGAUCUCCACCUUUGGGCAUCAAUAUUCAGCGUUAUCUUGAUGAACUAUAUCUUUAUGGAUGGAAAGUGUGACUAUUUCCAGGGCACAGCAUUGGUGGUAGUCUAUCUCAUCAUUAUGUCCAUGUACUUCUUUGCUCCAUCUCCAAGUGGGUGCUGAAAUUGAAUCACUGAACUCUUCCCAUAAGUUUGAACAACUCCUAGGAUUGCCAUUGCAGCCAGUAAGCCUUCGGACUCUUCCAAGAGCUGGAGCUGUUGCUGUUUUGUGAGUUAGCUCUUCAAUGCUGGUGUUUUGGUGGCUGACUGACACACAAUUUCAAGAUCCACUGUCUUACUGUUGCUGAGUUCUUCUACCAUGGACCCAACGUUUCUCCAGUCUGUCCCCUUGUUUCCACCGUUCUACGUCUUGGGAGGAUCGAGUUUGUUGGAAGAAAUCUUUCUUUUGGAAGAGAUUCUGUAAGCCAAUCCUCCCUUUUGAAUCACUGCUAACUUGCAUAUUACAAGAACAAUUUCCUUUUCCUGAAGAUGACAGUUUGUGAUUCUAUUAACAGCUGUAGCUCAUUUUUUGAUCUAAAUAUGGUUUGUUUUGGAAGGACUGAACUUGUACCACAGACUCUGGUUUAAAAGUACUUGAGGAAGCUGUGACUUUUGUGCUAUCCUAGCUUAUGAGGUGUAUGGUGUUGGAAGCACUAAAGGCGAAUGUAUUUAUAAAGUGAAAAUGUUUAAAAUAAAAUUUGUAUCUCCAUUUAAAACCUGCAGCUUGACCUCGGUGCCAAAGAGUUUCCCAAAACUUGGCUGUCUUUAGUAUCUGUUAAGUCCUGUAACAAGACUGUUAAUAGUUCACACAGUCCUUGGGUUGGCAAUGGACAAGAGGCUGGAAUAAUUUGCCAAGCAUCCUGCUCUUUAUAUUUUCCAAUACUAUUGCAGAUCUGGCCAUGUAGUUAGCAAAUUUGCACCAUUUCUUUUGGAGAUUUUCUUCUCUUCCUCUACCCAAUGUAGUUUCCAGAUAAGGAUUUGAUUAUCACUUGGGAAUAUUCCCUUAUCAAAUACAUUCCAAAGAUGGAAUAGACAGAUGUUGGUCUCUAGAAAUUGAGACCUAUGUAGAAUGAAUGGGAAAAUGUGGGCUCUGUGGGUGCUGUGACAUGACUACAGUGAGACAAUGUACCACUGACUUCUCUGGGACAAUUGGGGAUGGGUAAUGUUGACUCUCUGGGGAGUAGACAUCCUAAGCUGAUUCUUUUUUUUAAAAAAGAAACAAGAGCUGAGGCCCAAAAUGUGCCUUUAUUUUGCAUUGAAUGGUGGAAAACAUGUGUUCUUGGAACUCGUAAUCUAGUAUGUUGAAUUGGCAGAGUGCCCAUGUGCUUUAAAGUCAAAGUCACAUUUUAAAAUCUGCUGAGAUUGGACAGCUAUGAAAAAAAUCACUAUUUUUCAGUAGUGAUAUUCGGAUGAAGGUAUUGAGGGGAAAAUGAUCUCUAAGUUUGCAUUUGUGUUUGGGCCCAAGAUGAUUGAAGUUACAAUUAGUAAGUAGAUCUGUUGGAAUGUUCAGUCAUAGAUAACAUUUUUACAAGAAACUGGACUAAAAGAUUGAGAUGAAUAUCAUCUGUGUUUGGUCAUGAUUUGAACUAUCAUUUUUCUAUGUAUAAUCACUAGGAAAAUUAUUGCAACAUGAAGCUGUUUAUUCUCAUGCAAGUGAUUAGUUAAGCCUCAGUUCAAAUACUGUCACAUUUGACAUCCAUGGUAUGUGAUGGCUUUAGAAAGGAAUGAAAAAAAAUUUCAAAACAUCAAUUAUGUUGGAUUGCUAAUUUUGGAAAAGCAGCUUCCAAUGGUUUAAAGAUCUCAAUCAUUAAUGGAUGUUUAUGAAUAUCCAUUUUCUAACUGGAUUGAAGUAAGCCUGGGUAAUUCUUGCAAAGUAUGAAAGGAUGUAACUAAGUGGUUUCUCAGGUACUCACGGAACUUCUGGAAUACGCAGGACUGUGAACAACAAAAAAUUCAAGUCUCCUGAAGAAAUUAAGUGACAAUCAGCAUUAGACAGGAUUGAUGAACUUGUACUAUCGAUCAAGGUUUCUGAUUUCCUGGUUAGUUUUAUUAUGAGAGUUGAGGAAUUUUCCAGGUUAACUUUUUCCCAGUUAAGAGGCAAAUGUGGAGUGUCCAUGUGCUCAUGCACAAGGCCAUACAAUGCCAGGAGAUGGGUGAGGAGAGCCACUAGUUCUCUUUCUGCCAAUUACUUUUACAGCUUGUAAUUUUUAAAUGUAGUCUCCUCAAUCUCCUGGCAGCAGUGGAUACUCUUGUAUUAAUCCUAAUGCCCAACUGACAAUUUCAGAAAUUUGAUUGUGGUGUAUAAUCAUGAUGAGAUAAAUAUCAGUCUGAAUACUUAAA